GUGCUGUUUCUGCUGUUCUCCUGCCGUGGUAUUUUUGCAACAUCCUUUGGUGCCUGGCAGCACUGCCUUGCAGUCAGUACUCCGAGAUGUUCUUCUGGGAAAUGGCCAAGGAAGCAGCACCAUGCGAAGCCUUCAACUUUACUUCAUCAUUUUUGUGUUGCUUGCUGACAAUGACCUUCUGCAGCCGACUGGUAAUGCCUUUGGCGCUCCGGAUUCGCUGGACCAUGCUGGUGCAUGCACGUUUGCAAGAUAUCCCUUCACCAGGGCUUUCAGAUGAGCAGCUAGAACUCAUCUCUUCAAGCAUUGAAAUCAUGGGAGUGGGGCAGCAAAGCAUUCGUGACGAACCCACUUGUCCCAUUUGCCUUGAGCCGUUCACAGCUGGGGAACGCAUGAGGCGUUUGUAUUGUACUCAUGGCUUCCACCAGGAGUGUGUGGACAGCUGGCUUAAGCGUAUCCCAACUUGCCCACUGCGGUGCCCCAUUGAAAUUCCAAAUCCAACACCGGCCCAGCGACGAUUCACUGCCCAGCACGCAGGGGAUCGGACGCAAGACCACAUGACGGCGGACAUUUCAUUUCCGGCCCAGGAGCCUGAUUAUAUCUUGGAGCCAACCCUUGUGGGACGUUCGUUGGAGGAAGCACAUUGACGAAGUUGCGCAAGGUCUUGGUCGAUUCAAGGCAGGCAAAGUCUUGACUGAUGCAAGACAGGCAAAGUCUUGGCCGGUUUGAGACCAAAGCCAAUCUCAGCGUGGCCCAACUGGAGCAUUGCAAGUUUACGCUUGCACCUAUCCUUUAACAGUGUGAAACAUCUAUGUAGUGUAC